AUGUCAGAUGGCAUAGACCACUCAGGGAAGAUAGUGUGGCAGCUAGCCUGCUGUCUUUUCCUCGCCUGGGUCAUCAUCUUCUUGGUCCUCAUCAGGGGCAUCUCAUCGCUAGGAAAGGUCGUCUACUUUACUUCAACAUUCCCCUACGUCUUGCUAACCGUCAUGUUGGUUCGAGGAGUCACCUUGCACGGGGCUCUGAAGGGCAUCAAGUUUUACGUUCUUCCAGAUUUUACAAGAUUAACAGAUCCUAUUGUGUGGGGUGAUGCGGCCACUCAAAUUUAUUUCGCGUUCAGUGUUUGCAUUGGAGUGUUGAUCGCCAUGUCCAGCUACAACAAUUUCAAAAACAACACCUUGAGGGAUGCUUUCAUCGUACCGAUUGUCAAUGUCCUGACGAGUUUCUACGCGGGGUUCGUCAUAUUCUCUGUCUUGGGAUUCAUGGCUGAUAUGAAGGGCGUUGAGGUCAAGGAUGUUGCUGCUGACGGUCCAGGGCUGGUGUUUGUAGUGUACCCUGAAGGACUGAGCACCAUGCCCGCUGCCCCCGUCUGGAGUGUCCUCUUCUUCAUAAUGAUGAUGAUGCUGGGAUUUAGUUCCAUGUUUGGGAUGGUGGAAUGCUUCUUUGUAUCGUUUCUUGACGAGUUUCCUACCCUUUUGAGGAAAUCUUCGGAACGAACCUACCUCUUCAGAGGAAUCGGAUGCACCUUCUUCUUUGUCAUCUCAUUGCCCAUGGUCACAAAUGGUGGGUUCUACCUCUUUUCAAUCAUCGACUCAUUCGCUGGAAGCUAUCCACUGUUGAUCGUCGGUCUCGUCGAGAUGAUUGUUCUCAUGUUUGUUUACGGAUUUAAAAACUUCCGAGACGACAUGGAGAUGAUGCUUGGCAAGAAGCCCGUGCUGUUUAUGCUUUUCAGAAUUUCAUGGAGCUUCAUCGGCCCGAUCGUUAUUGUGCUAUCGAUCGUAGCGAUGGGAUUGAGUUACAACAAGCCAACCCUAUUCAACAAAAAAUAUUCCUUUCCACCAGUGGGCGAAAUUCUCGGCUGGCUCAUUGUAACAUUCUGCAUCUCGUUCAUACCGCUGUACUUUCUUUUCUACAUGAGCUCCGACCUCUACCGGCUGUACAAGGAUGGAAUCCAGCCGGAACCUAGCUGGGGGCCAGCUAGAGUGGAGGACAGGACGGGGAGAUUCGAGAAGACGAGACACGCCACCGUCAAGAGCGUGAACGUUGAAAUCACCACGAACGUCACUUGUGACGACGCCGCUGAAGAUGACAAGGUCAAAACCGACAAAACUGCAGACGCUGCGGAGAAAGUUGAUACAACACCUUAUUCGGAGGGCUGUUAUAAAAAUCAAUAUUUCACCUCUAACUUUGUCAACUGUAGCUACGUGGAAGAUUCUUUAUAG